AUGAUCACUUCGCCAAGAACGCCUUCUAACAACACCGCACCCCUCAUACCAAUGAAGAUCUUCCCCGAAUCUAGCUUUUUCAAGGAACGACGCGCACCAGCACUGCCAUCUCCAGACGAAAUCCGGGGCAUGAACACGGAGUCGGACGAUUUGUGGGACGCAAAUUUCUACCGCGCACCGCCUGUCAGGAUCCCGUCGCUGCAACUGCUAGUCAAGUACGGCGCCGAUGUAAAAGUGAAUGAAGCUUUAACCCAAGUGUGGGUGCGCGAACAGUUACUCGGCAAAGUACCUGUUCCCGAAGUCUUUGGGUGGAUUGAAGACAAGCGACAGACGUUUAUUUACAUGUCCCUUAUUGAGGGCGACACCCUUCAAAACCGAUGGAGAGAUCUAGAAGAGAGCGAAAGAAUAACCGUCUGCCAGGAACUCAGGGAAAUGGUACAAGCAUGGAGAGGAUUGAAGCACGACGAGGAUGGCCCCUAUAUCGGAGGCCUACACAAGCAGCCGCUAAACGAAAUAUUUCUUUCUGAUCAUUCAGACCUAGCGGGACCAUUCGAAGGAGCAGAUGCAACCCAACGCUUUCACCAUGGCUGUGGGAUUGACAUUCGCGGCGAGGUACCCGUCGUGUUUACACAUGAUGAUCUCCUCGCAGUCAAUAUCCUAUUAUCGCCGGGUCUGAAUCCAAAAGUAGCGGCGAUUAUUGACUGGGCUCAGUCGGGGUGGUAUCCCUUUUACUGGGAGUAUUGCAAGGCGCGAUGGCCAACAGUACAUUCUGAAAAGUUCGACGAAGCUACCCAAGACGAAUGGAGGGCAAAAUAUCUCCCAAUAAUGAUUGAUCCCGUAGAUGAGCCGAUGUAUUAUCAUCCGUGGCUGUACUUUGUCUUGUCCAAAGGUAUCUAG